UUUUAUAAAGAGUUUUCUCCACGUUUAUUUAUUUCUGUAAAAUUCUUAUGUUUUUGGCACUGUUUCGGUGAUGCGAUCACUCCGCUGUGACACGUGUCUGAGCGACAGUCAUUAGGCUUGUUUGAGAUGCUAAAAUACUCCGGCUACAGCAUUUACCAACAAAAUAAAAUCAUGAUAGGAAAUGACUGCCAGACACUUUGUUCUUGUCAAAAAUGUUGGUCCAUCCAUCCAUUUUCCAAACCUCUUGUCCAGGAAACUCUGGACGGAUCAGGACAAACACACACGUUCACACUCGCACCUGCUCUGUGUCUUUGGAUUGUGGAGGGAAAAUAUUAGUCUUAACUUCUAACUUCGUUGAAAGUAAUUAGUCCUAAAUGUUUUAGACCCUGUUCUCAGCUGUAUCUGGUGCUUGUGAUCGGAUCACCUGAGAUGGAUGUCAAUGCCAGACAUCCCAGGCGACUCCCCAUGAGACCGAUGACGUGUGUGAUUCUGUCCUCUGCAGUCGACAGCAUGGGCCGGAUCGUCCUCGCUGGAGGCGCCGCUGUUGGACUCGGAGCUUUGUGUUAUUACGGAUUAGGCAUGUCCAACGAGAUGGGAGCCAUCGAGAAAGCAGUGAUCUGGCCGCAGUAUGUGAAGGACAGGAUCCACUCCACAUACAUGUAUUUCGCGGGCAGCGUGGGUCUGACGGCGCUCUCGGCCGUCGCGGUCAGCAGGACACCGGCGCUCAUGGGACUCGUGAUGAGGGGCUCCUGGCUGGCUAUUGGCGCCACGUUCGCUGCUAUGAUCGGCGCCGGGAUGCUGGUGAGGUCGAUCUCGUACGAACACAGUCCGAUGCCGAAACACCUGGCCUGGGCUCUACACGCAGGUGUGAUGGGAGCCGUCAUCGCUCCGUUAACUCUGCUGGGUGGCCCGCUGAUGGUUCGAGCAGCCUGGUACACCGCAGGAAUCAUGGCCGGUCUGUCGACGGUGGCCAUGUGUGCGCCGAGCGAGAAGUUCCUGAGCUUGGGCGGCCCGCUGGCCGUGGGCUUCGGCGUGGUGUUCGCCUCGUCUCUGGGCUCCAUGUUUCUGCCCCCCACCUCUGCAUUCGGGGCCGGCCUGUACUCGGUGGCGGUUUAUGGAGGUCUGGUCCUGUUCAGCAUGUUUCUGCUGUAUGACACACAGAAAGUCAUCAAGCGUGCCGAGACGCACCCUCUUUACGGCGUUCAGAAAUAUGACCCCAUUAAUGCAUGUAUGGGCAUUUACAUGGACACGCUCAACAUCUUCAUGCGACUGGUGAUGAUUCUAGCUAACGGCGGCGGAAACAGGAGGAAGUAGCCGUAAGGAGACAAGAACACAUGACACUGGAUUGGAGAAGAAAAAUUAGCUAAAUAAAGUGUCACUCAUUUUGCAUUUAUUUGUUUAAAAUCAGAACAAAAACUUUGGAUUGCUUUCAGCUGAAUUGCGUCUUAAACAUGUCAAAUUAUAACAAACUAAAAUUUUGUAUAUUUAUUUUAGAAAUGAGUUCUCAACAGACUGAGUUAUUGCACAGAAAACGCUUGUGCCACUGUGAUUCUCGUGUUCUUGCAGUUUGGGGCUCAUGGUUCAAUAAACUUUAGUUGUAUCCAAAUUA